UAUGGACAGCUAGUAUGAUAUUUGCCAUCCCUUGUCUGCUGUAUUCAACAACCAUUACUAACAGGUAUAAAGGAAUUCAGAGAACAGGAUGCAUACUAGUAUGGCCAGAUGAGAAAAUAAUUGGUUCGAAGUAUGACUUUUGGUAUCAGACGUUGUUUCUCUUUAUAACAUAUAUUGUUCCGAUGAUUCUAAUGUCAGUAUGUUAUACCACAAUGGGAAGAGUUCUUUGGGGAUCUAGUUCAAUAGGAGAAAUGACACAAAGACAGUUAGACGCGAUACGCUCGAAAAGAAAGGUGGUCAAAAUGUUCAUAUCGGUGGUGUUGAUAUUCGGAAUAUGUUGGCUUCCAUAUCACGCGUACUUCAUUUACAUUUACUACGACACGAACGUGAUAUUCAGCAAAUACACCCAGCACGUAUAUCUGGGCUUCUACUGGUUUGCUAUGUCAAAUGCGAUGGUGAACCCCCUUAUAUAUUACUGGAUGAAUGCUAGGUUUCGACAAUAUUUCAAAUCCGCAAUUUGUGGUUGGAACAUUUGCAGAUUUAAUAGGAAUGAAGAUUCGCCAGCUAUUGGAAGACACUCUCAUUCUUUCUCAAAAUCAGGUGCCGAUGGAUCAACAAAGAUUCGAAUCUCCAGCCCCCGUGAAAAGGAACAGCGAUAUCAGAACGGAAAUUCACUCAAACAAUAUUCCCCGAUGGAAAGAGGAAACAGCUCCGAGAAGGAUGGCAGUCUGCGGGAUUCCAGAAGAAACAGCAACAGAUGGUCAAGUCGGUCUAUAACUCAGGGAAAACAAAAAAGGACGACGAAUUUGUAACGCCAACAUAGCA